GUGGAGGGAUUUCCUUCGACUUGGAGCGGCGACAGCGGGGCUUGAAAAAAUCAAUAAAGCCCGUCCUGUGGGGGAGAGUACUAACGGACGACGAGCCCGAGCCAAACCGAACCGAACCGAACCAUGCCAGUGAGAAAGAAAGAUGCUCAGCGAGCCCUGCUGCUGCUGGAGGAGUACCGGGCCAAGCUGAACCACGUGGAGGACCGGCAGCUCCGACACUCCAUCCAGAGGGUCAUCGACAUCUUCCAGAGCAACCUGUUCCAGGCGCUCAUAGAUAUCCAGGAAUUUUACGAAGUGACCUUAUUGGACAGUCAGAGGUGGGCGGAGUCUUCCAAGGGGGCGGACCCCGUGGCACCUGUCAACCUGUGGGACUUCUCCAGCCUUCAAAGCACAACGGUGACCUCGGACACUCUGCCCAGCCUUAGCACCAGCAUCGAGGACUCCCCCCUCCUAAAUGAAAUCCUGCACACGUUGGCCCAGGCCAAGCGCCGGCCCGGCCUCCAUCCUCAAAAGUACAGGCACCACGAUGAGGACUCGUCCCCCCAGGACCAAAGCUCCCCCCAGCUAACGGAGGAGGCCAGCGGUCCAGAGCUGGUCCAGGUAGCCGAGAAGAACCUUUCCCAGAUCGAGAAUGUCCACGGAUACGUCACCCACGCUCACAUCUCACCUAUGAAGGUAGCAGCUUUGGAAUGCAUCUUUGACGGUUCCUCAGCGUUAGGACAGCACUACCCGGAGCUCCCCUCCCCUACGCCCUCCACCCUCUACCCCCAUGGAGAGGACAGCCCCGUCCCCUCCUGCUCCUCCAACCCCUACCCCCCAAUCCAGGCCGAGGCUCCUCCCUCCUCCUCUCCAUUAAUCCCCGUGAUCCCAAUCCCUCCAAUCCCGGCAGAGACCACCGUCAUCCCUCCGACGUCACAGGCCAACCCUCCGCCCGUGGUGGUCAACACCGACAGCCUGGACACGCCUCCAUAUGUGAACGGGACGGAGGCUGAUUAUGAGUACGAGGAGAUCACUCUGGAGAGGGGAAACUCGGGCCUCGGCUUCAGUAUCGCCGGCGGCACCGACAACCCACACAUCGGUGAAGACCCCAGCAUCUUCAUCACCAAAGUCAUCCCUGGAGGAGCCGCCGCUCAGGAUGGACGCCUCAGGGUGAACGACGUCAUCCUGCGGGUCAACGAGGUGGACGUCCGGGACGUGACCCACAGUCGGGCCGUGGAGGCGCUGAAGGAGGCCGGAUCUCUGGUGCGACUGUACAUCCGCCGGAGGAAACCCGUCUCUGAGAAAGUCAUGGAGAUCAAGCUGGUGAAAGGACCCAAAGGUCUUGGCUUCAGUAUAGCAGGUGGAGUCGGGAACCAGCACAUCCCGGGCGACAACAGCAUCUACGUCACCAAGAUCAUCGAAGGCGGAGCUGCACAUAAAGACGGGAGGCUGCAGAUCGGAGACAAACUGCUGGCUGUGAACAGUGCUUGCCUGGAGGAGGUGAGCCACGAACACGCCGUCACUGCCUUGAAAAACACUCCAGACGUGGUCUACUUGAAAGUGGCUAAACCCAACAGUGUCUUCAUGAACGACAGCUUCGCCCCGCCCGACCUCACCAACUCGUAUUCGCAGCACCUGGAGAACCAUAUCAGCCCCCCCAACUUCCUGGGUCAGCCGCUUCCUCCGCCGGCUUCCUCCGGACGCUACUCGCCGACGCCGAAGAGCAUGCUGGGAGACGACGACGUCACCCGGGAGCCCCGUAAGGUGGUGCUGCACCGAGGAGCGACCGGACUGGGUUUCAACAUCGUGGGCGGAGAAGACGGAGAAGGAAUCUUCAUCUCCUUCAUCCUCGCUGGAGGACCGGCCGACCUCUGUGGAGAGCUGAGGAAGGGAGACCGGCUGGUGUCGGUAAACGGAGUCGACCUUCGUAACGCCACCCAUGAACAGGCGGCCGCCGCCCUGAAGAACGCCGGUCAGACGGUGACCAUCAUCGCCCACUACAGGCCGGAGGAAUACAGUCGAUUCGAGGCGAAGAUUCACGAUCUGAGAGAACAAAUGAUGAACAGCAGCAUCAGUUCAGGAUCUGGAUCUCUGAGGACGAGUCAGAAAAGGUCGCUGUACGUCAGAGCUCUGUUCGACUACGAUAAGACCAGAGACUCCGGUCUGCCCAGUCAGGGCCUCAACUUUAAGUUCGGCGACAUCCUCCACGUGGUGAACGCCUCCGACGACGAGUGGUGGCAGGCCAGGCAGCUGACGGCUCAGGGGGAGGUGGAGGAGGUCGGGGUCAUCCCCAGCAAGAGGCGAGUGGAGAAGAAGGAAAGAGCGAGAUUAAAGACGGUGAAGUUCAACGCCAAGUCUCGAGAGCGAGGGCAGUCUCUCAAUGACAAACGUAAAAAGAACCUCUUUUCCCGAAAGUUUCCGUUCUACAAGAGCAAAGAGGCGAGUGAGCAGGAGACCAGCGACGUCGACCAACACGUGACAUCUAACGCCAGCGAUAGUGAGAGUAGCUACCGUGGACAGGAGGAAUACGUUCUGUCCUACGAACCCGUCGUCCAGCAGGAAGUGAACUACACUCGUCCCGUCAUCAUCCUCGGCCCCAUGAAGGAUCGAAUCAACGACGACCUGAUCUCCGAGUUCCCCGACAAGUUCGGAUCCUGCGUCCCUCAUACGACCCGACCGAAGCGCGACUACGAGGUGGACGGCAGAGAUUAUCACUUUGUGGUCUCCAGAGAGCAGAUGGAAAAAGACAUCCAGGACCACAAGUUCAUCGAGGCGGGUCAAUACAACAACCACCUGUACGGAACCAGCGUCCAGUCGGUCCGAGAGGUGGCUGAGAAGGGGAAACACUGCAUCCUGGACGUAUCAGGAAACGCCAUCAAGAGGCUCCAGCUGGCUCUGCUCCAUCCCAUCGCCAUCUUCAUCAAACCCAAAUCUGUGGAGAACAUCAUGGAGAUGAACAAACGUCUGACGGAGGAGCAGGGAAGGAAAACCUUCGACCGAGCGACCAAGCUGGAGCAGGAGUUCACCGAACACUUCACAGCCAUCGUUCAGGGCGACAUUCUGGAGGAAAUCUACGAUCAGGUGAAGCAGAUCAUCGAGGAGCAGUCUGGUCCGUUCAUCUGGGUUCAGUCCAAGGAGAAGUUAUGAAGCUCGGCUCGUCCUUCGUCCUCUUUGUUUGAGUCGAGCCGCCUCCCCCUGCCUCCCUUCACUCCCACGAUCAGCUGACAGAUCGUCAGUUUUUCUUUGAUUCAGACUCGUCGACGGGUUUAAAGCACAUGGGAGGUUCGACACGGUACAACAGCUCCUUAAUGUUUAAGGGAGGAGAACUUGAGAAGGAACGUACGAAGCAGAUUUUAUCUUUUGUUUUUUGGGUUUUUGUUUUUUUUGUGGGUUUUCUUCCCUUUUUUUCGUCUUGUAAGGUCGGCAGACGGACGGAGUUUCAGCCUCAGGCAGCGUCUGUCGGUUCGGAGGAAACGGAGACACAAAAAGCAAAACUUUGCACGUUUGAGCUUUAACAGCAUGUCAGUUUAAUCCCCGUUUAUUUCCCAUCAGCCCCUUCACCUCAGAUGUCACAGUUGUUUUCUUCUGUUCUGCGCAUUUCACCAUUUUUCUCUUUUUGUUUUCUACUUGAUUCAUGUUUAGUUUGAUUUUAUUUUUUUGCUCCUCACUGCUGCUGGAUGUUCGUCGGGGCGCUGCAGGUUCCUGCUCGGCCUCUAGAGGGCGCCGCUCGGUGUAUCUGCUGUAAGAGAUGUUUUAUUUAAUGACACAAAAUCAGAUUGUUGAGACGAAAUCAUUAAAAAUGAAAAAGACGGAUAAGUAAAAACUGCCGCUUUCAAUUAAUGAAUUCUAAUUUUGUGAUUUUAUUUUACACAUUUAGCUCCUAUUAAUAAUCAAUGAAAGAGAAUCAAAUAUGUUGCAGCAUUAAUUAUUUGCCUUCAUUUUUUAACUUAUUUCUAACAAACUGACCCUAAAAACUUUAUUUUCUUUAAAACUACUGGAAAAAUCUGACUGUGCAAAGACUAUAUUGCCUGUUUUUCACUUUAUGUUGAGAAAAAAAAUGAAAAAUUAUUUUUAGAAAAGUGUAGUCACCAAAGGAAGAGAAACGGCAUCUCAUGUUUACAAGAAAAAAAAUAUUUUACAAAAAUGUUAUCUUAUAAUUGCAACAAAACUCAUCUCAAUAUCUGUAAAUUAUUUUGUUACCAGAUAACUAGUUCAAGAAAACACAGUAAAUGACAUUACACAAAUAUUCUGACAGAUUAAUUCACAAAAAUAUAGAAUCUACAGUAAACAUCAUCAUCUCAUGAGUUAUUUUUUACAAGAGAAUUAUUUUAUUAAAAGUAAUUAUUUUAUAACCACAGGAGACUUACGUCAUGAUUUUUGAAGCCUAUUUUUAAGAUGCGAGAACUUUCCCAUAAUUACAAGAAAAUAUUCAGAUUCACUAAAAAAACUGAAUCAAAAUCUGAUUUAUUCGGAAUCUUGAAACUUAAUUUUCCAAAAAGAAACAGCAAGAAAAUUAGAAAACUUUGAUCACAAGUUGUCUCACUGCAGGAAAGUUUUUCAUAAUUACAUUAAAAUAUUCUGACAGUUUGAGUCACAAAAAAUAUAUAAUUUGAAGAAAACUUCACGGGAAUUAUUUUGUUACAAGAAAAAUAUUUUAUUAUAAGUGAAUUAUCGUAAAACCACGACAGACUAUCUUCAGAUUAUUAAAAAAUUUAUUUGAAAAAUAGUAGAAAAAUAUUUUAUAAUUACUAGAAAAUUAAGAGAAAAGUAGAACUCUCAGCAGAAGAAUAAAUUUACCCCAAAAAAAUGUAUCUGAUUUACAAAAAUAUUCUCAGCUGCAAAAAAUGUAGUAAUUAUGGGAUGUAAAGUCACGAUUAUUUCAUCAGUUUAAGAAAAUGAGCAGGUUUUAACAGGGAAAACAGGUCGACUGAAGGUUAAAAUAUUUUUUUUUUUUUUUUUUUUUUAACAAAUCGGCACCCUCCGUGACACGAGUUCGAACCCCGCCAGUCGUCUCGGCGACAUCCACCAGCGUCGUCAGUGUCUUACCACGAAACGAUGUCGAUCAUGUGAUUCGCUGAACCUGGAGACGAGCUGCCACCUCCAGGUGUCCACAGGUGUGUCCGGAACUCGCAGAUGAUUAUUGUACAAUGAGAUUUUGACAGAUAUUUAACCCUCGGUAAACUGCCUAUUUUGUUAUAAUAAAGUCUAUAUUGAACUUUACUUAAGCACUACUACUACGGGAAUUAUUUUCUUUGCAUUGUUAAUCAUAUAUGAAUAGAAAAGUAUAAAGAUAUUUGAAUAUGAAUAUAUAUUUUUUUCUUUUUCUUUGAUCACCACCUCCUCUGUCUUUUAAUUUUCUUUUUUAAGCAUAAUAAAAUCUUAACAAGAAAACAAGA